AUGGUAUUUUCGAAUACUGCCCAGUUAUACCGAGCGGUGCAGGCCUCACUGGUGGACUCCUUUCUGGACGACCUCGACGACCUCGAGCGCGAGGAGGAGGCGGCGGCCGACGUCGCCCCUUCGGGCGGCAGCGCCGAGUCCAAGGUCUACGACUCCGACGAAGAUGCGCCGAUCAUCGACGCGGUGGCGGAGUACUUCAGCGCCGAGGGCUCAGCGGGCAGCUCGUACUCGGCGAUGGUGACGGACCCCGUGAUGAACGGCUUGGUCGAGCGUGUCAAGGCACUCACUCUAGAGAGCGCAGUUGAUCCCGGCGAGCUCUCGCUGAUCGAGGACUGCAACAAGGCGGUGCUCGAAAUCGACAACGAGAUCAUCAACAUUUACAACUACGUGCGCGACAUCUACUCCAAGCGCUUCCCAAAGCUGGAAUCGAUCGUAUACUCGCCUCUGGAUUACAUUUCGGUUGUGAAGCGCGCGCAGAACGAGAUGGAUUUCACGAAGGUCGUGCUGUCGGACCUGCUUCCGAACACCAUGAUCAUGGCGGUCACCGUGGCUGCCACCACGUCGUCCGGGUCUGUGCUGUCAAGCAACGUGCUUAAAGAGGUGCUGAUUGCCUGCAAUGAUGGGCUGCUGCUUGCGGAAUUUCGCAACGACAUUCUGGUGUACCUGGAGAGUCGGAUGACGCUGCUGGCGCCCAACGUGAGCGCGAUAAUCGGGAGCGCCCUGGCCGCUCGCCUGAUCACGCAGGCCGGCGGGCUGACCACCCUGGCGAAAAUGCCGUCGCAAAACAUCAUGCUGGUGGGAGGGAGCCGCAAGGGCGUGGUUGUUCCGGGAGUGAUCCACUCGUGUGAGAUCAUCCAGAACGCCGAGCCCUCGACCCGUAACCGCGCCGUGAAACUCGUGUCCGGCAAGCUCUCCCUGGCCGCGAAAAUCGACAUGUUCAAAGAAUCGAAAGACGGCUCCAUGGGCGUGCACUAUCGCAAUAUGAUCAUCCAGGCGCUGCAAAAGGCCCAGGAGCCGCCGCCAGCGCCCACCAAGAAGUCGCUACCGGUGCCAGACGAACGCAAGUCCACCAAGCGCGGCGGCCGCCGUUUGCGCAAGGCCAAGGAGCGACUGGCCACCAGCGAGUUCCGGAAGUACGCCAACCGCCUCAAGUUCGGCGAGGAAGCGGAGGACGAGUACGGCCUCGAGUCCGGGUCUGGGCUGGGCAUGAUCGGCAAGUACACCGGCUACGGAAGGCUAAGGCUUCAGCACAAGCAGACGAAGGUGCAGCUACCGAAGAAGCGACAGGUUGCCAUGCAGAGCAGCGGCGCAACCAACGGAAUGUCCUCAUCCUUGGUGUUCACGCCGCUACAGGGUAGGCCAACAUUUGUCACCAACAAGCGCGCCGCAGGAAUCGAGUUGUGCAACCCCGACGCGGCGAAACCGGCCGUGAAGAAGCAGAACUCGAUACUGGACAACACCAGCGGGUUUUUCAAGGUCGGCAAACGCUAA